GUCUUUAGUUGGCACAUAGGUCCCUGAAGGAGCUGCCUGCCUGUUGGUUUGACGUUGAAGUGUACAGUGGGAACACUGUGUUGGUACAAUGAACACCCCAGUUCAUUUUUUAUCUGAGCCCAGGUGGUGAUGCUUCGGCUCAGGUGUGUGAAUUCCCUCCUUGGGAGGCUUCAUCAUGGGGGGUCAGUGAACCGAGACCAGGUUCUGGAGCAGCUGCGGGUUUGCUCUGCUGAAGACCAGGUGUUUGAUGUGGUGGGCAAGAACAAGGCCAAACUCACAGUGAGCCAUGUCAGCAGGGCUGUGGGGAUGCUGUGGCAGUUCCAGAAGGAGAAGCCACAAAUGCUCAGGACUGUGGCGCUCAUCAAAAGCCACCCACAGUUCUUGACUCUCCGGGUUUUGGCGGAGAACAAAAUUGCUCUUAUGGAUGACUUAAUGUUGGUCGACAUGCUUUACAGUUUCCUCAGGUUGCAUGUGGAUCCACAUGACUCUCUUGUUCAGCAGUUGGUUUCAGAAGCAUGGCUCAGACUAGACAGAUUUCCAAUGGCAUCCCUAUCAAAGUUUUCCAUCUGUCUAAGUGAUCAGCACCUUCAACACAGUCCUCUAAUGGGCCACAUCACCAAUAUUGUGGAUCAGAGGUUGUCAUCCAUUGAUGAUGCCAGGAUCCUAACGACACUGAUGAUCAGCAUGUCGUCCCUGGUGUCUCCCCGGCUUCGUGACGCCCUGAUUAGCAGGGCAGACCAUCUCCUAGACACCAUGGAUCCUUCAAAUUACAACAACCCGCGGAGAGUGGUGCAGUUUCUGCGCAACAUCAAGCACAGUUACCGGCCUCUGCUGGAGAAGUGCAACAAGAUCAUCUUGUGCAACAUUCUCAGACUGGACGCAGAACAUAUCAGCAUCAUCAUGGGGCUGUAUCAGUCUCUGCAGUUCAACAGCUGUGACUUCAGACUGGCUGCUAAACAAAGACUAAAAGAACUGAUUGAUUCAAGCACCGACCCUUUCUCCUUCACCAAACUGUUUGUCGCUUUGGCUCCGAUGGCCAGUCAGGAGAUCAGAGACGGGUUGGAGAACUCUGCCCUCCUGUUGGCGGACGAGCUCAAUGCACAUCAGGCUUUGGCUAUAGCUGAAGCUCUAGAAGAGAUUCAGAGCAGGAAUCUUAGCUUACUGAACAAAAUUGCACUGGUAAUCCAAAGGAAUCUUCAUUGCUACAAGCCGGUGGAGGUGGCCAGAAUCACCCAAGCUCUUUUUCUGCUGCAGUACCAGAACCCCGAACUCUUCACUAAACUAAGGAACAUUUUGGUCAGCUUUUUGCAGCGCAGCUUCUUUCCCUACGAGGUGACCAUGUUGACCCGUGUUCUGUCUAUGCUGCCCUGCCCGCGGCUUGACGACAGCGUGAUCUCGAGGGUGGAUUCGGUUGUGACCCAGUGUAAUCUCAAUGACCUCAACACCAUUUCUUUCGCCGUGGCCAAGUGGGUGCGCAAUGAUCCCUCCUACCGCCACAACACUCCCAGCAAGUACGUCCGUCUGCUGCAGACCCUGAACCGUUGCGGGCACGAGAGGCUGCAAAAAGCCAACCGGCUGGACUUGGUGCUGGAGGAGCUCAAGUACAUUUCGGGAGAAUGGUUUGAGGAAAUGCUAGUGGAAGAGACGAUGGUCACUUUGAAGAGGAUGAUGGACCAAAUAAACUGGACCAAUGUGCCCGAGCUGGCCCUCUUCUUAACCAGGAUAAAUCACCUCUGCCCUCCCCUGAUGGACCGUAUCGCCACUAUGGCCAUUAAAGACAUUGACAAGAUUCACCACUCUGCAACCUAUGCUACCCUGCUACCCUUCUCUGUCCUGAACUAUGAUCCCGUACAAGCAGACGAGUUGUAUGAUGUUUGUAUCCAGCGCUUCACACCUCAUAUCAGGUCCUUUGACCCACAUCUGCUAGUUCUCCUGGCUUACACUUUGGCUGUGGCCGACUGUUUUCCUGAGGAACUGGUCAAAGAAAUCUUCAGUAUAGACUUUCUGGGAAAGCUAGAUGCCCAACUAGAAACUCUACCUGAUAACCUAAACAUGCGGACCAGGUUACGCCUCAUGGAGCUCAAUCGGGCCGUGUGUCUUGAGUGUCCCGAGUUCCAGGUGCCCUGGUUUCAUGAGCGCUACUGCCAGCAGUUGCAAAAGAAAGGGAAUGGCACUGUGAGUCCUGUGCAACAGCAAAUCCACAAAAUGCUGGGCGAGGUUCUUGGUGGCAUUAACUGUGUUCGAGUAGCAGUUGUCACUCCAUAUUUUUACACUGCAGACUUUGAAUGCAUACUGGACAAACAUCUGCAGCCGUUGGCCUACAGCGAGCCCAGCACACUGCAGAUCUCAGACGGAGGACAGGUUCACUGGGGGACCAGCUCAGUGGAAAACAUCAGGGAUGAGCUGCCACCUGGAGCUCAGCGAGUUGCUGUGAACUUCCUUGAUUCAAAGUCCUUCUGCAAGAACUCUCACCAUAUGAAAGGUGAAGCCCUGAUGAGAAAAAGACACCUUGAAAUUCUGGGAUAUCGUGUGGUUCAGAUCCCCCACUUUGAAUGGAACUCUAUGGAGCUUUCAACACCAGAUGCCUGGAAGGACUAUCUAAAGAAGAACCUAUUUAGAGAGCUUUCUUCUUCAUAGCCUUAUUUAUUGACUAAUGAAAGUACUGUUGCAUUUAA